UGCAGACUGCUUCUACAAAACAUUUGUGAAAGACUGUGCAAUAAGUCCAUCUGUGAAAUUUCCUUGUUACUAAAUAUUCCAUGGGCAACUGUUAGUGGUAAUAUAACAAAGUGGAAGCAACUGGGAACAACAGGAACUCAGCCACGACAUGGUAGGCCAUGUCAAUUGACAGAACAGGGUCAGCGCAUGCUGCAGCGCAGUGUGCAGAAGUCACCAUCUGUCUGCAGAGUCAAUAGCUAAAGACCUCUAAACUUCAUGUGGUCUUCAGAUUAGGACAACAACAGGGCGCAGAGAGCUUCAUGGAAUGGGUUUCCAUGGCCGAGCAGCUGCAUCCAAGCUUUACAUCACCAAAGCGUCGGAUGCAGUGGAGUAAAUCAUAGACAGUUGAC